CCAUGUGGGCGAGGCCGGCGGCGGCUGCCGCGCCGUGGCUGCUGCUCGCUGGCCCGAGAGUCCGCUGGUCGCUCGCCGCCCUAGCGCCCGUGGGUGGCCGCAUGGACGAGCCCGGCCCGGGGAGCAGCGGCCCGGGGGACGCGCCCCCCGCGGCCAAGAGGCGGCGGCUGCUGGCCGGGGAGGAGAAGCGGCCGGGCCACGGCGAGCGCUGCGUGCCGCCCCCGAGGAAGCGCAACCCCGGCGUGAGCUUCAGCGAGCCGCACUUCGCCGAGACCCGCUACUACUUCGAGGGCGGGCUGCGCAAGGUGCGGCCCUACCACUUCGACUUCCAGACCUACUGCAAGGGCCGCUGGGUGGGCAAGAGCCUGCUGCACGUCUUCAGCACCGAGUUCCGCGCCCAGCCCCUCGACUCCUACCGGGCCGCGGCCAGCGCCGGCCGCCUGCGCCUCAACGAGCAGCCCGUGCGGGACCUCAGCGUCGUGCUCAAGAAUAAUGAUUUUCUGAGGAAUACAGUGCAUCGCCAUGAGCCUCCAGUCACUGCUCAGCCUAUCCAGAUUUUGGUAGAGAAUGAUGAGGUGGUUGUCGUGGACAAACCCUCGUCUUUACCCGUACACCCAUGUGGCAGAUUUCGACACAACACUGUCAUCUUCAUCUUGGGCAAAGAGCAUAACCUGAAGGAGUUGCACACUAUUCACCGGCUUGAUCGCAUGACUUCCGGUGUGCUCAUGUUUGCCAAGACUGCAGAAGUGUCUAAGAGGAUUGAUGAGCAAGUUCGGCAGAGACAGCUGGAAAAGGAGUACGUCUGCCGUGUGCUUGGGGAGUUUCCAGAAAAUGAAGUGACCUGCGAGGAACCCAUCCUGGUUGUUUCUUACAAAGUGGGGGUGUGUCGUGUGGACCCCAAAGGCAAAUCCUGUAAAACUGUCUUCCAAAGGCUUAGUUAUAAUGGCAAGACCAGUGUGGUCAAGUGUUUUCCAUACACAGGUCGCACUCACCAGAUCCGGGUCCAUUUGCAAUUCCUGGGAUAUCCUAUUGUCAAUGACCCCAUCUACAAUAUGGAAGCCUGGGGUCCUACUAAGGGUAAAGGUGGUGAGAUUAAUAAAACAGAUGAGGAGCUUCUCAGGGCUUUAGUGGAAGAACAUCGUUCCAAACAGAGCUUGAGCAUCUUGGACGUUUCAGAGGAGGACCUGAAGCCCAUUGUGGGAAGUAAAGAAUGUGACCAUUCAGGUUACUGUACUAAGCCAGUUGAGAUUAUACCUAUAAGCGCAGACUCCUGCAGAACUGAGAACUCUAAGGAUCAGAAAGAAGCUGAAAUACAGGCUUGUUUGCAGAAUUCUGACACCAGACCAGAAACACAUGAAGCAAACCCUGAAGGAGCUAGUUCAAGUGGGAAUCAGGAUGGACAUACAGAAGAAAAGGACCCUCUGUGUGAGGAGUGUAAAAUAGUGAGGCAGGACCCAUCUCCUAGGGAGCUUGUGAUGUACCUGCAUGCCUUACGCUACAAGGGAGCAGAGUUUGAAUACAAUUCCAAGAUGCCAGACUGGGCUCUAGAGGACUGGGAUGAGAGCUAAGAAUAGAUACUGAGACUUUUGUGUUUCCUUCCAACAAAACUAAAAUGAAAGUAUUUGGUAAAGUCCUGAACUUGUGUGCGGUAAAAAUAUCUCAUUGGAGCUACUGCGAUCUUCCAUCAUUAUUUAUUGUGUUGUGCCUAGAUUGCUUGUGAAUUUUGAGGAGGUGGGAAGAGUUCUUCCUGAUUAGUGUUGAGAACUCUUUCCUAACAAUGAACCUGCUGACAGCUACUGAAGGGAGAGAUGGUUAAUCCAAGACACUUUAACUAUGUUUUCCUUUAAGAUGGUAACAGUGAUGGGUAAAAAAUAUUACUCAAAGGUGGGAAGCUUGGAACAAUUGCUUCCUCUUCUCACCACAUGGUGUUCAGGGUGCAUCCUUGUUUGCAAAUUGAAUGCAGUUGCUUACUAAAUUUAUACAACGAAGACAAUCAGCAUCUUGGCCCUUUUCCUGUGUCUGUCAUCUAACUCCCUUCUCUUUCUGGGUAAGGGUUGGGGAGAUGUUAGUCAAUCUAAAAUACUUCAGGUGUCACAUCCAGAUCAGUUUCAGUUAUGUUCUUAGUUUUGUUUAUACCAAGGUACUGUGCAGGCUGGUUCUUUUCCUGGCAGGUUAAUCUUCAUUCAUUUUAUUUGGAGUUCUAUUGCAUUGUGCAGUUCUCCUCAUUAAGACGUUUCCAUCCUUGUGUGUGUUUCCAGAUUCCGUUUUUUGUUUGUUCUAGAUGGAGUAUAGUCUGUCCUUAAAUCAGCUUUGCAAAAUUCCUUGGAAAAGCAUACUGCUCCAACUAAAAAUUCAGUAGCCCAAAGAAAUUGUCAUCUUUGCUGUUAAUGAGUCCAUAUCUGUAGGUACUCCCAUCCAAAACAAUCUCUACAUAUUUUAAUCAGUCUCCGUUUCCUUUCCCUAUAUUUUUUAACUCCUCCCAUAUGGUUUCUCUCCUUAUUACUUAACCCCCAUUACGCCUUAUACUGUACAUCUUGUACUGUGCAUAUCUUUUCUAACAUAUCUUAACCACCCCCUUCCAUGUACCCACACACAGGGCUUAGAAAGCAUACCAAACAUAUAAUAGCCAGAAAGCUAAGUCUGAUAUGGAAGGUGGCAGGGGCUUGCUGUUUCAGGGAUGGCUCUACUCCACCCUCUUGACUUUUUGGUUGUUCUAAGUAGGGGUGUUUCUACUACCCUAGCCUUCAUUUUGCAGCUCCCAGCCUCAGUAGAAGGAGCUUCAGUAUCAGCCUCUGCUAUUACUCAGAAACUUUGUGAGCUGCCGCAGAAUGAAACACCUGAUUGCAGCAGUGAUACCAACAAGAUAUAGGGUUCUGAAUAGUAGAAGUAAAACUGAAAAUACUUUGGUUAGUUUUCACUUUGCUGCAGCUUGUUCGGAAAGUUCUAACCCACAGCUGAGGCAUUUCAGGAAUUAGAGCACUCCAUCUGUUUGUGUGUGAGAGACUUUAGGAUGUAAAAAAAUGUUAACUUUGUCCGGGGUUUUUGUUUUGUUUUUGUGUUCAUUUUUUUUGAAGGGCAGGACAGUGUACUCACUGGGACGUUUCCUGUUUGCUAUGGCAAAGUGGAUUUUUCCAUCCCAACCUUAAAUAAUAAUGCUAACGUUGGUAGAUGUGUGCUAGCUGCUUGUACUUGCCCUGCAUUAGACAGUAAACCUAAAACUGUACAAGCCAGUGCAUUGCUGGUAAGUUGAUAUUAGGAAGUCUAGAAUGUUAGCGGCUUACUCUAACGAUGCCAGGAGUGCAUCUAGAAUAGGAAAAAGUAUGUGUGGAUUUUGGCCAAACAAAAAUCUUCGCUCACUACCCAGUGCUUUGUUUGAUCUACAUACAUAGUCCCUUUAUUAUUAUAGCAGCGCUUAGAGGCCUUGACGAGAGCCUUACCAUGGUAUGCAUUGCCCACACCUAAUAAGAAGGUAGCCCCUGCCCUGUUCAGGUUUACAGACUAACGGUGAACAUUCGCAUCUAGUCUUCUAUAUGCCCAAACAGGAGUGAUAUCUUCAAAGAGAGUUUCUUCAGGAUUUAUGUUCUUGGCCAUGUGAAAUACAAAGGUGACUUAAAGUAAGAAACUGCACAACUGCCACUUUCCCUAGUAAUUUGUGUGUUAAUGCUAAGUGCUUUCUUUAUUAUUCUGUGGCUAUAGUGUGUGUGGUGGGGGGGAGUACAGAGGCUGCCACUUGAAUAAAUACAUCCAACAGAGAGGUCCUCUAGCAACACCAGGAAAGACCAGAGUUGCUGAGAGUGCAUGCACACAUUAUUAAAAAAAAAAUAAAAAAACCCAGCCACCCUACAUAUAUAAUACACACACACACACACACACACACACUUUAAAGAAACAUACUUGGUGGAUCACUGAAUAAAGUUGAUGGUAAAGAACAAAGUGCUGUUUUAUCAAUCUAGGCAAACUCUUCUGUCCAUCCUUUGAAGAAAUGAAUUUUGAGGUCCCAGCUCUACAGCAGAGAGCCUGGAAGCCGUGAAAGCUUCAGCAGGAGCUCUCAGAGUUUCCAUGCUUCCUGAUGAGGGAAUGGCAGCCCUACCUCAAGUUGUUGCUCUCAGGAUCUGGACUCCCAGUACCAUAGGGAGCCUGGAAGCUCGGAGAGCCGCAUCUCCAGCUGGGGCUUCCAGGCUGUCUGCCACUGAGCCAGACUCCCUGGUCAACUUGCGCCCCAGAUGCCUAUACUCUAUUAGCUCAGGGAGCCAGCUGGCAUGGGAAUUUGGUAGCCCUAGGGUUGCCAGCCUUGGGCCAUCCAUGUGGCCAGGCUGUCAUGGGACUAAUGGACCAUGGAAUCCCUGGCAGCUGCUGACCUGGUUCAUGUCCAUUUCAUGGCUGCUCAGGACUGAAUGGUAGCCUUGAAAAUGACAGUUUGAUAGCU